CUCCGCGGCCGGGCUCUGGCCCUGUCCCGGCCGUGUCCCCGUCCUGGCCCGUCCCGUCUAUCGCGGGUUUCUCCUUGCUCUUGGGGGCGGUGCCGGGCCGGUCCCGCCCGGCGCUGACGGUGUUGCUGUGGCAGGGCAGGGCCCGCGGAGCCCCCGGCGCCGGGAGGGGAUGCGAGCAUGGCCAUGGCCCAGGCGGGGGCCGCGGCCGCGGCUGCCACGGGACUCCUCGUCUUCCUGCUGUACUCCGCCAUCCACAGGGUCGAGGAGGGACACCUGGCCGUGUACUACAGGGGCGGUGCGUUGCUGACCAGCCCGAGCGGCCCUGGCUACCACAUCAUGCUCCCCUUCAUCACCACUUUCAAAUCCGUGCAGACCACGCUGCAGACUGAUGAAGUGAAGAAUGUGCCUUGUGGGACAAGUGGUGGUGUUAUGAUCUACAUUGACCGAAUAGAAGUUGUGAAUAAGCUGGCCCCAUAUGCAGUGUACGACAUCGUGAGGAAUUACACCGCAGACUAUGACAAGACCUUGAUCUUCAACAAAAUCCACCAUGAGCUGAAUCAGUUCUGCAGCGCCCAUACUCUGCAGGAAGUGUACAUUGAGCUGUUUGAUCAGAUAGAUGAGAACUUGAAGCUGGCCCUGCAGAAAGACCUCAAUGCCAUGGCCCCAGGUCUCACUAUCCAGGCCGUGCGUGUUACAAAACCCAAAAUUCCAGAGGCCAUCCGAAGAAACUUUGAGCUAAUGGAGGCUGAGAAGACCAAGCUGCUGAUUGCAGCCCAGAGGCAGAAGGUGGUGGAGAAGGAGGCAGAGACAGACCGGAAGAAAGCGCUCAUUGAGGCAGAGAAAGCUGCACAGGUGGCCAGGAUUCACUACCAACAGAAGAUCAUGGAGAAGGAAACUGAGAAGCGGAUAUCUGAGAUUGAAGAUGCUGCAUUCCUGGCAAGGGAGAAGGCAAAAGCUGAUGCAGAGUACUACGCUGCUCGGAAGCUGGCUGACUCCAACAAGCUGAAGCUGACCCCUGAGUAUCUGGAGCUGAUGAAGUACCAGGCGAUAGCUGCCAACAGCAAGCUGUACUUCGGUGACCGCAUUCCUGGCGUGUUCCUGGAUUCCUGUGCCUUCCAGCAGGCCAGCCUGAGGACUGCCCACGAACCAGCCUUCCUGCACAGGGAGCCCCAGAGACCUCUGCAGAAAGCCCCCUCAGAGGCGAGGAGAGCACUGGCUGAGAGAGGCAGAAGGGAACCCGGUGUAGCUCAGCAGCGAGCCCGGCUGUGACCGGGGACGAAGCCCUGUGCCGGUGGGGCGGAUGCAGCACACGCCUGGACAUCUUGUGUAUAGGUGGCAGUUGGGUUGAUUUUCUUCUAGCAACAGUUUGCAAGGGCUCUGCCUCUUCCAUUUCUCUCCCUAUUAAAUUGGUGCUUCCGAAGGAAGGGAUAAUCCUGUACUAACAUACCUAUACUGGAAUAUUAAAUGACAGACAGCAGGAAAGCCUCCUGGGGUAGGUGCAGUUAUUUAGCAGGCAUUACUGUGCAGGAAGGAGAUGUGGCUUUGAGUGCUGUGUUGUUACACGCUGGUCAUUGCUCAGUGCUUCUGGCUGAGAUAGAGUGAAGAGGGGGUUCCCCUCGCCCUGCUGCUGAAGCUUCGCUCGGUGAAGGUUUCUCCUGACGCUGUCAUUCUCCUCAAGGAGUGGACUCUCCCUAGCCAGCGUGCUCCUGCUCAGGCCGAGGAGUGGUUUGCUGUGGAAUAUGUUAAUGGAGUAGGAUCUGCACAGCCAUAAUAUUCCUGCAGACAGCAGUGCUAGAUAACAACUUGGAGGAAGCAACCUCUGAAGAGAUUCUGCAAUCCCCCUCUCCAAGCAAGAGCCUUGCACUGGCUGCCUGGAACUGAUGGUGAUGUUCCCACUGGGUGGCCAAGUCUCAUUGCCUCCUAAACAAGAUUUCAGGAGCAGCUGGGAGCAGCUGGUUGGGAACAGAGCGUGGCAAGUCUUUGCUCAGAUUCCAGCCUCCCUGUAAGUCAUUCACCAGGGAAAGGGGGCUGAUUUUCCGCUACUCUGCUGUGCUGGCAAAGUGAAGGAGAAGAGAAGAGUGAAAGGAUCCUGCUGUGCAGCAGAUCAGAUGUUUGACACUUAGCUGCAAAGCAGGUGAGGCACUGCUGCUCCUCCAUGCAAAAUCCACUGCUCCAGGAAGUGGGACCUGCUUUUUAUGUCCUUGAACAGCCAUGGUAAGGAGUGUGUCCCUGGUCCUCUCAUCCCUAGCCAGGCUUGCUGGCAGAUGGAUCUUCUGUCCUGGUUUGCAUUGUGAUAUAUUUGACCCUGCCCCUGGUGUGCCAGGGCAGGAUGAGGGAGAGGUGCUUGGGGAGGGGGGAAUCUGCUGGGACAGCCUGCUUUCCACUUUUCCUCCUUCCUCCCUUCUGAUUGUGAGGGUGUGCUUGCUUUUAAGUGCUUGCUUUUAGGACCUGCCCCCCUCGUUCUCUUCUGUGUGGAUCCGGGGUGCAAUGGCUGGGGGGGCAGCUGGCAAGAGAUGGAAUGCUGUUCUCCAGCUGGGGGCACCCCAGCACUGCCUGCUGCAUGUUCAGAGUCCUGCUCUCCCUGUGCAUCCCUCCUGCUGACCUGGCCCCUCGGAGCAGCCAUGCCACCCUUGGAGAGACUUGAGGGGUGAUGACACUCCAGGCACUCACUGGCCUGUUGAGGUCUUCUGUCCCUGGCUCUCUCUGCAGCCUCAUGGCAAAGGGAGGGACAUGUUUAGCUUCUGCCAUUGAGAAACAUUCAACCCAAACCAGCUUUACUUGUGCUAGUGAUGUCCCCAGAGGAGGUGUGUGGGCUUGGGCUUUGCAGUGCUGCAUCCCCCCCGCCCCGUGUGGCUGGGCUUCAGGGAUGGUAGUGUUUCUCCACAGGAAGGUUCAGUGACACCAGACAGCUCCUGCUGUGUCUGUUCCUGCCCUGGCUGCUUGUCCUGCAUCCCUGCAGCAGAGCAGGGUUGUGUUAGCCCUGCCCCUUCUGCAGGGUGUAAAAUAUAACAGUGGGACUUUGCAGCAGAUUUGGGUGGUCUUUCUUGUCCUCCAUCUGCCUGCAAACUCCCAAGGCUCAGUUGAUGCUUUACUCCAGAUCCCAGCACCUCUUCCAACCCAGCCAUGGCAGGAGCCAGAGACCAGGGCACCAGGGCAGAGAAGGGGCGGCAGUGUGUUUCCUAGUGUUGGAAAUGUCUCCUGGAAAUACUGCUUGGCUUGCAGGGUCCCCUUUUUUCCUGCAGGAUGGGCUUUGAGGAAGCAGUGUAGUCUUGUCUCUGCCCUGCCACCUCAGUAUUUCACCAGGCCCUUGUCACAGACACAGCCUCUCCUCUGCCCAGCAGCACGUGCUUUGGAUUUUGGAUGAGGGCAGGCUUCGUAGGCUAGAAGCACUACUGGAGGGAAUGCUGGCAGGGAUGUAGUCUCCAUGAUUUUCUUCAUGUUUACUGGGACUGGGCACACUGGGCAUCAGGAAUGGCUGGACAGAGUAGGUCCUGCCAGCCUGGAAGUGACAAGGGCAGGAGCGGAACUGCUGGGAGCAAUAACAAGGCAGUUCACACCUCUUCUGCAGUGAUCAGAGCAAGAUGCCCACGAAGGGAGCAGGAAAGCCCUCCAGGCCAGUGCAAGAAGAGCUGCUUCCCUUUGGAUCCGAGCCUUGCUAUGCCUCCCUGCGCCAUCCAGCUGGGUGCAUGACUUUGCCUUAAGUGGUUGUCACUGGCUCGGUGUCCCUGUGUAUGCAUCAGCCACCUCCCCAUGUGGUCUGAUGGACCCCAGGGGAUGCUCCCAAGGUCCCAGGUCCUGCAGCAGCAUAUGUGAUGCCCAGUGCCUUCUGCAGCAGCCUCCUCCACUCCUCCCUUCUUCCCUGGCCCCUGCUGUAGCAGCCCCAGUGUGUGCAGAAGGGUGGCCACGGCUUUGGCACCCUGACGUGGGCUGUGCUGCCCUCUGAGCCCCAGCUGUGAGCAGGGACAGGGCUGCAGCCAGGAUUUUGGGAUUGAACUGGCUUUUCUCUCCGCUCCCACGGCUUGUGUGGGCCUGUGACUAAAGGGGUCUGCCCCUGGAUUCACAUCUCCUUAAGGAAACACGAUACAUACGGUCGGGUUUACAUUGACACUGUUAAGUUCUUUUGAUAAAGCAGAAUAAAAUUAUUUUGUUACCA